CUUGCUAUAUAAGCCAUGCCGCUCCGUACACUCCGCAUUAUCUCUAGCUCCCCCCUCUCCACUGUCGCCGGCGUCCCAUCCAUCCUUCUUAAACCUCCCAUUUCAAAUCAAAACAUCUCCGUCAACCUCAAUCAAGAAAAUCGACAAAAUGUACGCCGACAUUUUCAAAAUCAAAUCGAAUCUCUCGCAGAGACGCUGCUAUUCUUUCUCUGAUCUCUCUCUUUCCUUCCAUCUUCCAACUCUCUCAUGCUUCUGCCUUCUCCUUUGGAAUUUCAGGACCGAAGGAUUGGCUUAAAGAGGGAAAAAGGAAGUCUUCGAAAUUCCUAUUGGCGCCAAUCGGUGCGUCUCGGCAAAGCCUUCGCUCUGCCUACCUUUUGCCCGGUUUGCACAUUCCAGUUGAUUGUGAAGAAUGCUUCUUCUUUGCUUGAGGAUAAGAACCCUGUUAAGCUGGAAGCUGAAGCUAUGCUAGAUGAUCUUAUAAACUCAUUUACCUCACUUAAUAGUUUGGCAAAUGAAAGCGAUAUUCAAGUUGCUUCCAGUAGACAAAGGGUUGCAGAUGCGCUCAUGGAUACCAUAACUUCCCUUGACAAAUUUGAGCAGGGGGUUAAGGACUGCCUCGAAGCAUGACCAUGCUGGCUUCCUUUUGUAACUGAAAUUUUAUGGUGUUAUAUGAUGCUUGGAGAUUUUACACCCGGAGCAUGGUAGACUAUACAAAAUGCUUAAGUAUGUUAUUUGACUUUAUCUUUGUUGUAAAUUUUGUUUAAUUUCCCAUUCACAUGUCUUUUGUUUCAUUGUUCAAGCCUUUAUUGACCAUUCUUUGCUACAAUCUAUAAUAUGAGCAAAUUCUUCAAAUUCAUAUCAUUUACCUUGGCUUUAGAGCAAGAAAAUGUUUAUAUAGUUUUACAUCAAGUUCUGGAUGAACGAUACACCCUAUGCACCUUUGACAAAACCACUUAGGCUACAUAAUUAAAAUUUCAUAACUAACAUAAUGAAUAACAUUCUGGUGGUACUAGUUCUACCCCUUCUCUAACCUGCUGAAUUUCCAUUGAUAAUGGAGGCUUGUGAGUUCUGAAAUCUUAGUUCUUAUUUCAUUUGCUUUCUGCAUCAAAAAUAUUUCCAGUAGACAUCAGAUAGUUGGCAAGGAGAAUCUUGUGACUGGAGAAUAUUUUCCAUCUGCAGAUUUAGGCUGAACUUAUAUGGCUACCUUUUUAAUUGGUAGGAAGUGAAUGUUCGAUUGAUUCCUUUUACUAUUUGCUCUUCCCAGGCUAUGCAAGAUCAAAGUUUGAAAUUUGAUAAAGAAAAAGAGGAAUACGUUCAUACAUAUUUUCCUCACAGAUUGUACAAUAAAUAGAAUUUGUUUGUGAUCUAUCAAAAUUUAGGAGUUUUUUCUCUGGGACAAACUAACGGAGGAUGCUUAUCCUCAGAUAUUCCUGAAAAGAGAAAUGGUUGAGCAACUACUUUUGCCGAAGUAUAUGCUUGUACAAUUUAAAGAAUCAUUAUAUAGCUCAAAAGUCAUGUUGCUGCAUGUUGUUCAAUUGAAUUGUGUAUUGCAUGAGCAACAUUACAAAUAAUUAUUCCUGCAUCUACGUUACAACUACUAGUAUGUUUGAGAAUAUGAUCUCUGUACUACAUUGGGAUUUUGCUCAAGGAAAUUGUUUGAUUUGAUGAACCAGAAG